GAUUGGUCGAGGCAAUCCUAGGUUGAGAAAAUCGCCAUUUCAACGAAAAACAUCAUGGGCCAAGGCGCGUCAUUGAUGCGCGUGAUCGUGAACGACGUGCGGGAGAUCGUCGCGUCCACCAACAAGGAAGCGUACAUGAAGGAGUACCGUGCUUACAAGGAAGCGUCCGGUCGCCUGGAGGCGGCACGACUGAAGAACGCCGCGCUGCAACAGCACCUCGAAAUGACCAAGGCCAACGUGUACAUGCAGGCCGACCUCCUUCGGCAACAGAAAGAAAAACUCGACUUCCAGAUUGAGGAGUAUGCCAAUAUGCACGCGAUCGACAGCGAGUUCUUUGACAAGCACAAGCGCGUGGCUGAGCACAUGAAGCAACAUGCGGCCAAUGUCACCCACAACACAUCGCUGGCAUCGUCCAGCGACGAAGCAAGCGACGAACCACCGACCAAGAAGGCCGCCGAAGACCCGUCUUCCUCUACGAGUACUUCGACACACUAACCUCACUUAACGAGGUUAUCUAUCUUGAGAUAUGACAUGUGGGCGUGCUGCUCCACGUUGUCAAUACCCAAUGUCAAUCGAUCUAGACUUCCCAGUCAAUAUACCCCAGUCGUUCGUUCGUCCCCAC